UUUCUAUAGGUGUUGUUUCACAAGCGUUGCAAAAUGGGACAAGGCCAAAAAGUUAAGACUAAAGAUGAUGCCCAAGUUGAAAUUCAGGAAGGGGGGGGAGGAAUAUGUUUCUUCUACCGGCCAAAGGUAAACAAAGAAGAAGCGCACAGCAGCCCAGACGACGUUCAACGGUUGUACAUCGUUUUAAGGCCGGAGUCUGGUGAGAGGCCAGUUGAAGAAAAGCAGGACCCCGAUUCGGGAAAAGAAGGUGCGAUGGCAAAGAAGAAGGGACCGAAAAGUUCUGGUGAAAGCGAGAAGGGUUCGGGUGGUAUCGGAAAAAGUGAAGGUGGUGGGCAUGGCAGGCAGGAAGUGAACAUUGAGAAGCAGCCAUUGCUGAGGUUCAUAGUGAUGUGAAGGAAAAGCCUUCCAGAUCCAGGAAAGAAAGGCAGACCCUACUGGGGUUUUGUUGAGAUGGUCGCCACGAAUAUUGAUGAUGUGAAAACUGUCUUCAAUUCUUUAGAGGAGUAUGAAACUAAAACAAGAGGACACAGACAUACUUCUGAAGCAAGGGCAUUAGGAGAAGGCGUUUACCGCAUUCUGCGGCACGAGGGGUGAAAGAAACCCCACACUCAUCUGAUUUACAAGCUGGGGUUCCCACCCGAAAAUGAGAGCAAUAAGCCUCAGGAGUCGCUUAACAUUAAACAUGAAGGCUCAUUUCAUAUUCAGAUAAAGAACCCUGAUCAACACGCCAGCAGCAGAACUAGUUCUCGGUCCAGAGGGCUACAGAACAAGCGCACAGCUAAUUUUCCUGCCCACCUGCAAGGCCUGUUUGGGAAAUUACGGUACCACCCAGCUGAUCCACCCGACUUGUUGAACUACGAAGGAUGUGAGUUCUUGCUCAUAUCAGCUUCGGAUGAUGUAGAAGAGGAGUUGGGGUUGGAUCUUCAGACAGAAGAGGAAGCCAAUGAAUCUUGUUCCGAUUUGAUCAAGACUUUCGGGGAGAUUGCAUCAACCAAACCUCUUCUGAAAGGCACUUGGGUGUGAAAAAAAAAAAAACGGGGGAAGGAUAAAAAAUAAGAAGCCAGCCUUUUUGUUCCUUUGGUGGUGUAAAUCUUGUUGCUUUCGACAAAACAUUAGGAGUGAGUUUGUAUGUAACUUUAAUGCAAACUGGCCCCUUGUGCACGUGUA